GGUUUUCAAGCAAGUGGGCCGUUAAACCGUAAAUAAAUGAGGACGAAGCUUGGAAGCUGAGGGGAAAAGUGACGGAAAAUCGUGGUGUUUGAUCGCGAGAAUUUUUGAGCCGGUGCAAUCGGGUGGUGAAGAGAAAAGUCAGGCAGGCAGGCAGCGGCAGCGCAGGCAGAAGGUCGAAGCGGGGUGUCGAGUGAGGCGAUGGAGGCGACCUGAUGAGUGGCGCCGACGCUCGCAGCCCCGAGGCACACCCCCGACCCCACUGGCGGCACCAGCUCCGCGAGACGGUGCUCUCGACCGCCUCCGACGGCGCCCUCCACUUCUCAGUCGUCGGCGGCUCCGACAAUGGACAGUUCGCUCAGGUGGACGCAGACCUAGACCAGGGCCGCGUCAACUACGCCAGCGGACGCCUGGACGCGGGCGACGUGAUCGUCGAGGUGCAGGGCCAGAAGGUGGCCGGCUACACUCAGCGCGACGUGCUCGCCUGGCUGCACCACUGCUGCCGCAACGGCAACCCCGUCGUCAUCAAGACCAUCCCCGCCGGUGAGAUUACGAACGACCUGCGUCAGUUCCUGAACACCCGCUACCAGAAAGGGUCGGCCGACCACGAAUUGCAGAACACGAUCAGGGACAACCUGUACCUGCGGACGGUGCCGGUGACGACGCGAACCGCGCGAGACGGCGAGGUCAACGGCGUCGACUACACUUUUCUCAGCGUCGACGAGUUCGGCGCGCUCGAACGGCAGGGAGACCUUCUCGAGAGCGGCGUCUACGAGGGAAACCACUAUGGCACCCCGAAACCACCCACGGAGGCCCCGCCGCCCGGUCCCAACUCGUCCGGCGCCUUGAUCAACGCUGCCAUUUUUCCAGGCGCUCACCCUAGUUCCGAGGGCAAGCGCAGGAGAAACAGGUCGAACGUGGAGGCGAUGGCCGCUAAGAACAACAGCAACGCUGAUUUAGAAGCCACGAACGGCCCCGCGAACGACAACAACCACCACGAAGUGAUGGCGGCCCCUCCCGGUCCGCCGAGCUACUCAAAGGGCUGCGGCAACGGCGCAGCCGACAUUUUGGACGCCCUCGGGGUGCAGGGGGGCGCCGACGAGCUGGGCCCCCUGCCGCCCAACUGGGAGAAGGCGUUCACCGAGCGCGGCGAAGCCUACUUCAUCGACCACAACUCGGGCACCUCGCACUGGCUCGACCCGCGACUCAGCAAGUUCCAGAAGAAGUCGCUGGAGGAGUGCCUGGACAACGAACUGCCCUACGGAUGGGAGAAGAUUGAAGACCCGCACUACGGCACCUACUACAUUGACCACGUCAACCGCAAGACGCAGUACGAGAACCCCGUCAUUCAAGCCAAGAGGGCAGCUCACGGCAGUGACACAGCUUCUCUGACGUUAAACGACUCUGAUCCACUUCAGUACAGCCCUCAAAUGCAGCAGCAGAGCCAUUCACCGAGGCAGAAUGGCCCAUUGAACCUUUCAACCAAAAGACCGCAGAACGACGGAGCGCAGGUGAAGGAGGAGCAAAAGCCGCAGCUCAACCAGACGAUCGUUCCGAAAUUUGCGAAACCUACCCUGCCCCCCAUGCACCCUUUGUGGAGCAACCCCUAUUCCGACGACCCCUCAAACCCCAUGUACUUUAACGUGCCGUUCCGUGCGCAACAACAGCACCUCAACAUCAAAGCUGAACGGCCCUUCUUCACGCGCAACCCUGACGAGUUGCAAGGAGAGAAAAUCACGACGUCCCUCUUGAAGUCGUCUCGCGGACUCGGCUUCACCAUCAUUGGCGGCGACGACUGCGAGGAGGAGUUUCUGCAGAUAAAAUCGGUCGUUCCGCAGGGCCCGGCGUGGGUCGACGGCAAACUACAAACCGGCGACGUGCUCGUCUACGUGAACACAACCUGCGUGCUGGGCUUCACGCACCACGACAUGGUCACCGUGUUCCAGUCCAUCGCGCCCGGAGACACGGUCAACCUCGAGGUGUGCAGGGGCUACCCUCUGCCCUUUGACCCCAACGACCCAAACAAUGAGGUCGUCACCACUGUUGCGGUCAAUGCCCCAGGAACUGUCUUUUCAGACGCGGGAGACGUGAGUGUUUACGGAGCCAACUCGAGCCAGUACAUGGACAACGGCUGCGACGAUCUGGCGAGCAGCUCAGUCAAGUCGAUGCCAGACCUGUGCACCUCGGAGAAGCAGCGUUCGAUUCCGAGGCCGAACAGCGCCGACCUUCUCAUCGGAAACGACGAGUUGAGCUCGACAGUGCCUGAAUUUCUCACAAUCCCCAUAGUCAAGGGCGCCAUGGGCUUUGGCUUCACCAUUGCAGACAGUGCUUACGGCCAAAAGGUGAAGAAAAUUCUUGACCGGCAGCGGUGCAAAAAUCUGCUGGAAGGCGACAUCCUGGUGGACAUUAACAACACGAGCGUGCGCAACAUGAGCCACAUCGAGGUGGUGCAGGUGUUGAAAGAGUGCGCGCGCAACCUGGAGGCCAGCGUGACCGUGCAGCGCGGCGGGCUCGGCUCGCCCACCAAGACCAAGAUGGGCCGGCGCAAGGAGGAGAUGGCCGUGCCGCCCUCGCCGCCUCACAAGGUCGCCUACAAGGACAACCUGCUCGGCAUGUACCGCAGCAAAACUCCAACCGCAGAUCUGUACAGCACCCAGAAGAAGGAAGUCGUGCCUAAUAGGCCAAAGACGCCCCUGGUAGACACGAGGGUGAGACCGAAGACCCCAACCGGCAAGUGGUCCGAAGCCGAUUUUGCCGUCAACCUGAACAAAGCGCAGGAGGCCCUGAAGGUCGGGGUUGGUCCGCAGAGUCCUGGCUCCCCGGACUCCAUGUUCAACCCGUACAAAGAGUCCUUCACCUACGGCUACGUGGACCAAAGGGUCGAUCAGCUGAGCGAGCACCUGACCAACACGAGCAUUCAACAGCAGCACCUUGACUACAGCACCAGGAGCAGGAGUCCUGGAAACGAGCUUGACUAUUCUCCCAACAAUAGCCAGUACGCUCACGACCCUGGAGCGGUGGAUUACUACCCGAACCAGUACGCCGGCUACUACAACGGCUUCGGCGGCGGCCCAGUCAGUCCGUACGACGCCGGGAUGUACGCGUACCCGGAACCAAAGGAAAUGCCGCCGCAGGCGUACCACCAGUCUGGCCUUCCGCCUCCAGGCACGGUGAUCCCGCCGCUCAACAACUACUACCCGUCGGACAGCCUGACCAGGCGAAAGGAGAGCACCAGCUUCGAACACGAGCAGCCGCUGCCGAGCGCAGUUACAAGACUGACCAGGGGGGACGUGCGAUGGAGCGGCGGCUCCCCGAUGGGUCAGGCGGUGCGCGUCUACCCGGCGUCGCCCGGCAUCGAGUGGGUCGAGACCAUCAGCACGCUGCUGAGGCAGGAGUCGGGCUUCGGCUUCCGCAUCGUCGGCGGUACCGAGGAGGGCUCGCAGGUGUCCAUCGGACACAUCGUGCCCGGCGGCGCCGCCGAUCUCGACGGCCGCCUGCGCACCGGCGACGAAAUCGUCAGCGUGGACAACCACAGCGUGCUCAACACGUCGCACCACCACGUCGUCCAGCUGAUGGGCAAAGCGGCCGUCAACGGACGCGUCUCCAUCGGGGUCCGAAGACGUGUCCCGACACAUGAACUGCAGAAUCUUCAUCGACAGGAAAUCGGUUAUCCAUUCAACGUGACAGUCAGCCGGCGAGAAACCGAAGGAUUUGGCUUUGUAAUUAUCUCAUCAGUCAACAAGGCUGGAUCGACAAUCGGUCGCAUCAUUGAAGGCUCGCCAGCUGAAAGGUGCGGACAGCUACACGUUGGAGACCGCAUUUUGGCUGUAAACAAUAUUGAAAUCGUCAACUUGCAUCACGGCGACAUCGUGAAUUUGAUCAAGGACUCUGGCUACACUGUUACUCUGACUAUCGGACCACCAAUUGACGACGCAUCAAGCACAACAUCCAUCUCUCAACGGGAGGAAGAAGGCGUGGAGGAGUACCACGCAGUUGAGCUGAGCAGAGGAAAGCGGGGCUUCGGCUUCAGCAUUCGCGGUGGCCGAGAGUUCCACAACACGCCGCUGUUCGUUCUGCAAAUCGCUGAAGACGGGCCCGCCGCCGUGGACAACAGGCUCAGGGUGGGCGACCAAAUUAUCGAGAUCAACGGCAUCAACACGAAAAGCAUGACGCACGCCGACGCCAUCGAAAUCAUCAGGAACGGCGGGCCGUGCGUCCGACUGCUCAUCAGAAGGGGAAACAAGGCGUCCAACUCGAUGGCUGAGGGCGGCGGCAACGUAGGACUGAUGCGGCCGGGCAGCUCUUUGUCUCAGCCGAGCACGGCUCCGGCGUCGUCGGGCCUGAACGGUCCCAUCACGUGGGACCACUUCCCCCAGAGCUGACUUGCGCAGCAGACUUCUUAAUUAGUUAUUCGGCAGUGCGGUGCGGUUCGUGAGUGCGUGGAAAGGGGAAUUUUAACGCGAGGAAAAGUGAAAAAUUGGAUGGAUUGAAAGCAACUCGUGCCUAUAUUAAAAGUUAAAUGUGUUUUGCAUUGCAGCUUCUCUCUUAUUGUAUAAUGGUGCAUAUUAUCGAUAUUUUUCACACACACAUACACACUGUUUUUCCCAGCAGAGACAGCUACUUGUACAUUCGGGAAAUUUGGCUGAUCUCAGUGUAUUACGGUUUCAUUGUUGCCCGCGUCACGUUGUUCUCUCGCUCGUUUUCCAUCAAAAUCUUUAAUAUUAUGUGUAGUCUUUUAACCAUUGAGCUUACUUAAUUUGUAUUGCAUUUUACGCUGCCAUUUGUAAAAUUUUUAUCCCUUUAUUAUCACAGAAAUCGCGAAACAAAACCAAUGAUAUUUUAUUGGGUAGAGCUAUUAUAAUAAUAAAUAAACAUCCAAGCGCCUUUCCGGCAAACUUUUUGCAUUGUUAUAACAUAAAAUAUACAUUCUAAGCAUGUUAAAACGAAUCCAGCACUCUGUAGGUUUAAAACUAUGCGAAGUUAUUCACAUAUUAAAUACUUUAUUCUUCGUAAUGAAACCCAAUAAAUAAUUUUAAACUGA